AUGAACUCACGAAGCUACGAUCACGUACCGCCGUUGGCCAGUAAUACUGUGACGAUAGCGACUUCUUCUACAGCGCAGGUCCGUCUUCAACCAACAGGCGCUCAACUUCGUCCAAUGACCACUGUCCCAAUGCGACAGCCUGUACCGAUUCGAAAAAUAGUCCACGAUUCAGGCCAAAGCGGGCCUAGUGGCCCAUCGACCUCUACGCUCCCACAAUACCAAAUGAUGCAGCAGGUCAAAGAAGAAAUCGUUGACCCGAUGGAUUACCAGGCCGGCGCUUCUACGUCAUCAGGCCCGCUGAUAGGCCCCGCUCCCUCUUUUCAACAAUACCAACGCGGAGGUCCUAGCUCAUCUACAGUUACUUCUGGUGCUUUAGUGAUGAGCAAUGGAGGAGCAAAUAGUAUGGCUAUGGAUCAACCAGCGCCUGUAAAUCUUGCUUCGAAGGUGGCCGAAGUUUUUCUCACAGCCGGCCAUGCGUUUCAAAAAUUGGGCGAUUUGACACUACAAUUGCACACCACUGCCGAUGCAGAUGAGAGCAAAUGGUCCGAGAAGGAGGUGGAUAAUUUGAAAAAUGCACUGACACGAUUUGCACAUGAGUUGGAUCAGAUUAGCACUUGUGUGGCGAGCAGAACGACAAAACACAUCAAAAAUGAUAUCAAGCGACGACAUAUCGUAGGAGAUGAUCAACCACAACCAACAAAACGAUUAGCGAUGAAUGCGACAGGACCAUCUGGAACAUAUACAACUGUGAAUUCAGUUGGUAUGAUGUCAGGACAGAAAAGAACUAUCGGACAACCAAUGGGAAAAAUUAUGGCUGCCAGGGCUGUCAUCCCAACUGCUCGCUACACCGUCGCCCCAAUGUCUUCUACAGGUGGUCCCUCAUCGUCCGGACAUCAUCCUCAAUCAACAGUAGUCGUCCAACAAUCGAAUCAGGCUACAUCCGGAAUGCCUCAACUCCAUUCGCAGAAUCCUGGUCCAUCUUCUCGUCUGAUUCCAACGACGUCAGGUGGAUUCCAAAAUCCGACGAUCACCCGUGUCAUGGCGCCACAACAAAUGCUUCAAGGAGGUGUGAAAAGUGGCGGUCAGAUGCCAUUGAAACGUGUCAUGACACCCACUAGUAGUGGUAGUAUACAAAGCUCUGGAGCUCUCAUUUUGGAGCAAACUGAUUAA